GAAUAUGAAAGAAACCUAAGACUUAAAAAGAUUAUAAAGGAACAUACGGUUUUUGUUUGCAACUACUUUUUCUUCUGAAGAACACCAGUUAGAAUCAAAAGAGCAGAAUGAAUUGUUGCUUCUUGCUACCUUUUAUCUCGGGAAUUCCUCUCAUAUGGCCUUGCUUUACAGCAACAGAAAUCUCUACAACAGAGGAAGUUGAGCACCCCGUGGGUUCUCACUUCCGAGUGAAGCGUGGUUGGAUGUGGAACCAGUUUUUUGUACCAGAGGAAAGGAACGAGACUAAUUAUCACAUUGGCCAGCUAAGAUCUGAUUUAGACAAUGGAAACAACUCUUUCCAGUACAAGCUUUUGGGAGCUGGAGCUGGAAGUAUUUUUGUCAUUGAUGAGAGAACAGGUGACAUGUAUGCCGUCCAGAAGCUUGAUAGAGAGGAACGAUCCCUCUACACUCUAAGAGCCCAGGUAAUAGACAGCACUACUGGAAGGGCUGUGGAACCUGAGUCUGAGUUUGUCGUCAGAGUCUCGGAUAUCAAUGACAAUGAACCAAAAUUCCUAGAUGAACCUUAUGAGGCCAUUGUACCCGAGAUGUCUCCAGAAGGAACAUUAGUCAUCCAAGUGACAGCAAAUGAUGCUGAUGAUCCUUCAAGUGGCAAUAAUGCUCGUCUCCUGUACAGUUUACUACAAGGCCAACCAUAUUUCUCCAUUGAACCAACAACAGGAGUCAUAAGAAUAUCUACUAAAAUGGAUAGAGAACUGCAAGAUGAGUAUUGGGUAAUUAUUCAAGCCAAAGAUAUGAUUGGUCUGCCUGGAGCACUGUCUGGAACAACAAGUGUAUUAAUUAAACUUUCUGAUGUGAAUGACAAUAAACCUAUAUUUAAGGAUCGGUUAUACCGCUUCACUGUUUCUGAAUCGGCACCUGCUGGGACUUCAAUAGGAAAAAUCAUGGCGUAUGAUAAUGACAUUGGAGAGAAUGCAGAAAUGGAUUACAGCAUUGAAGAUGCUUCACAAACAUUUGACAUAAUUACUAAUAAUAAGACGCAAGAAGGAAUAGUUAUAUUAAAAAAGAGGGUGGAUUUUGAGCACCAGAACCAAUAUCGUUUUAGAGCAAAUGUUAAAAACCGCCACGUUGAUGAGAAGCUCAUGGAAUACCAUGUUGAAGCUUCCACCACUUUCAUUAGGGUCCAGGUGGAAGAUGAAGAUGAACCUCCUGUUUUCCUGGUCCCAUAUUACCUGUUUGAAAUCUUCGAAGAAAGCCCACAUGGAUCAUUUGUAGGCAUGGUGUCUGCCAUGGAUCCAGAUCAGAGGAAAUCACCUGUCAGGUAUUCUAUGACCAGAAGCAAAGUGUUCAGUAUUGAUGACAAUGGCACAAUCGUCACAACUAACCCUCUUGAUCGAGAGAUUAGUGCUUGGUACAACCUAAGUAUUACAGCCACAGAAAAAUACAAUGUGCAACAAACUUCUGCAGUUCCUGUGUAUGUGCAAGUUCUUAAUAUUAAUGAUCAUGCUCCUGAGUUCUCUGAAUACUAUGACACAUAUGUUUGUGAAAAUGCAGGCUCUGGUCAGGUAAUUCAGACCAUCAGUGCAGUGGAUAGAGAUGAAUCCAUAGAAGAUCACCAUUUUUACUUUAAUCUCUCCGGGGAAGACACAAAGAACUCAAGUUUCAUAAUCAUAGAUAAUGAAGAUAACACAGCUGUAAUUUUGACUAAUAGAACUGGUUUUAGCCUUCAAGAAGAGCCUGUCUUCUAUAUAUCUGUCCUAAUUGCUGACAAUGGAAUCCCAUCACUUACAAGUACAAACACCCUUACCAUACACAUCUGUGACUGCGAUGACCAUGGCAGUACACAGACCUGCAGAAAUAAGGACCUUAUGCUUGCCAUGGGAUUCAGAACAGAAGUCAUACUUGCUAUCUUGAUAAGCGUCAUGAUAAUAUUUGGGUUUAUUUUUUUGAUCCUGGGUCUGAAACAGCGAAGAAAGCAGACUCUGUUCCCGGAGAAAGGUGAAGAUUUCCGCGAGAAUAUAUUCAGAUACGACGAUGAAGGGGGAGGCGAGGAAGACACGGAGGCUUUUGACAUCGCGGAGCUGAGGAGUAGCACCGUCAUGCGGGAGCGCAAGCCGCGGAGAACCGCCACCGCGGAGAUCAGGAGCCUGUACCGGCAGUCUUUGCAGGUUGGCCCGGAUAGUGCCAUUUUCCGGAAAUUCAUUCUAGAAAAGCUCGAAGAAGCUAAUACUGAUCCUUGUGCCCCUCCUUUUGACUCCCUCCAGACCUACGCUUUUGAGGGAACAGGGUCGUUAGCUGGGUCCCUGAGCUCCUUAGGGUCCGCAGCCUCUGAUCAGGAUGAAAAUUACGACUACCUUAACGAGUUGGGACCUCGCUUUAAAAGAUUAGCAUGCAUGUUUGGGUCUGCCAUGCAGUCAAAUAAUUAGGGCUUUGUUAUUAUUUAAAAUUUUAAAAAUGCUAGUAUGUGUUCGGGCAAACUGGUAGUCUCUUAG